AGCUUUUGGUCCUGUUUGCCAGCUGAAGAGUACAACACUGAAGAGAAGACAAGUUCAAGUGCACGUUUCAAGAAUGGCCCAAAGAUUUGAAAACCAACCUCGUAUACAUCAUGGUGAAAACGCGUUCGUAGGACCACAGAAAGGAAAGGCAGCGAUUCCUGGACAUCGAACAGGCAGAGCAAGAUCAGCUUUGGCUCAGCUUGAACAGCACACGAACAAACCAGAGUUUCCGGUGGGAAAAACAGCCAAAGCUCAAGAAUGCAUUCCUCGUGGAGAUCUUGUCGAGGGUGGUGCGGUCAAGAUGAGCCGGCCUCGCGCCUACUCCGUCGAACCCAUGGAAGCAGAUCUGACAAAGUUGAAAGGCAAACCUCAGCAGUUUGUGGAAGUUCCUGAUAUCGACUGUUCAGACAUCGACAAGGAAUACGCGUGCGCCGAAUAUGCUAAACAAAUCAGCCACUACCUAAAGGAUAGAGAGAGUGUUUAUCAAGUGCCAAGACAUUACAUCAAAUCUCAUCAACACAUUAACGAGAGGAUGCGCUCAAUUUUAGUCGACUGGUUGGUUCAAGUUCAUGACAAAUUUCGUCUCCUUCAAGAAACUCUAUUCCUCACCGUCUCGUUUUUGGACAGAUACUUAGCCAUCGAUACAAAAGUACAGAAAUGUGAUCUGCAAUUGGUCGGUGUGACAGCCAUGUUACUUGCCUCAAAGAUCGAAGAAAUCUACACACCUGAGAUUCGUGAUUUCGUGUACAUCACAGACAAUGCCUACUCCCCGUCUCAAAUCAGAGCUUGUGAGUCGAAGAUGACUGCCGUGUUGGAAUUCAACUUUGGUGACCCGCUUUGUAUCCACUUUUUGAGAAGGAACUCGAAAGCUGCAAAGGCCGACGCUGAGAAACACACACUUGCCAAGUAUUUCAUGGAGUUGAUGCUUCCUGACUACGAAUGCCUUGCCUUUCCGCCUUCACAAAGAGCAGCAGCUUCGCUUUGCCUCGCCAUGAAAAUCACAGAUAACUCGCCUUGGGAUGCGACCACAGCACACUACAGCCAUUACCAAGAGCCAGAACUCGUACCAUGCAUGAAAAAAGUCGCUCAGCUUGUAUUGAAGUCCAAGAAUUAUGAAUCGAAGCUUCUCUCUGUCAGCAAGAAGUACUCCAGUCAAAAGUUCUUCAGCAUUGCAUCUUCACCUUGUCUUACCUCGAAAUUGGUCCUAACAUUGGCUCAACAAUGAACAACGAUGCUGUAGAAAAUGCAGAGAAAUAUCCUCGCUUUUCAUGAAUAUCGUGUACAGUUAUUGCUGCAGUUAUCCCGACCCAACGAAGCCAUUAUUUCAAUUAAAUUUUUGUACAGUAUGUAUCGACCUCUGGCAGGAGAAGUUUUAAGACUAUUAUAGAACAGUCUUCAGAAUUCCAGCACAAAUAAAUAGGACUUUAGAUGUUUAUAUCAAAAAUGACUAAAUUUAAAAAGAUGUCCAAUUUGAAAAACGAAAUAGUUAUAAUGUUGUACAAAGAAAUCCAAAUAUUCAGUAGAAGAUGUAAAUAUAGGUAGCUCAUAUUUUGUAUAACCGAUCUAGCUUUGUUAAGAUUUAAUUUGUAUAUUCCUAAUUGAUUAAUUUGCUUCACUUUGACUACCAUACUGUCACUUGAACGGUUUUCUACUUAGUUUUACUAAGAACAUUUGACUUUGGCAGUGGUUUUGUACAAUAUCCAAA